AUGUCCGACACCUGUAUUGUGUGCUUAGGAGACCUUGGCGAAAGCGCCAGUGAUCCUCUUGCCGUCUCCGCCAUCCCGGCGCCAAGACCCGACCUUGAACAUGAUGGCAAGGCGUCUGAUAACACCAUUAAGCCAGGAGGCUUUGACGACAAUGAGGACACAAGUCUCAUCGCUCAGCUGCUACCAUGUGGCCACAUCCUUCACAACAACUGCCUGAAACCCUGGGUGGAACGAGCCAACAGUUGUCCGAUAUGCCGCCGCAGCUUCAAUAUAGUGGAGCUUAGUGACCGGGUAGGAGGCCCCGUCCUUUCGUCCUACGGCGUGGAGGACCGAGUCCAGGUUGCAGAUGUCGACCCAUCUAUGGUGAUCGAGUAUAUAGACGAGGAUCCGGCCGACUUCCAGCCCUGUCCUAUAUGCGGCGACGCCGAGAAUGAAGACCUCCUUCUUCUCUGCGAUGGCUGCGAUGUCCCUACACAUACCUAUUGCAUUGGGCUAGAUGAGGUGCCAGCGGGACCCUGGUACUGUUCUCGUUGUGAGACCCAACGUCCCAUAGCGCCCACUUCUGAUGGGGUUGAUAGACCCUCGAGAGCCCAGGAUCGACAAGGCCACCGCACCAGGGCGCAACAGCGCAGAGUCCAGAGCAGGAACCAGAUCAAUUCGCUCCAUUGGGCUCGUGUGUGGCAAUCCGUAUGGGAUCACCUCAAUCUGGAUCUAGAUUUCCCCUUCAACGAUGAUCGAGCUGUCGAGCUCGCUAUGCAGCAGCAGCGUCGGGAAUUAGCAAAUCAAAGAGAGUUUCGCGCUUGGCAGCGUCGUUUUGAGGUCGCAGAGAGGCAGGGCGGCAGCAAUCGAUUUAGAGACACUGCUGCUUUGCUGGACAUCGAGGCACCCCGACCGUCGCGGCCUCGAGUACCAAGGGAGCCAACGCCUGAACCUGAGUCUCUUGAGGAGAUGCGGGCAUGGAAUGCAUUUGAGCGCGCUCGUGAGAUUGAAAACGACCCAAGCGCAGCAAGGAAACGGAAGGAGCCUACCCUAUCUCCUUCACCCGAGCCUUCUGAACCGCAACGGAAGUUGAAACGACCUCGAACCCGCAGGGCGCAGGACUUGGCCGCCUUGGCUCUGCAAAAUGGCGAGUCUUCAAGGGCUGCUACUGCCCAAGUAACUGCUCGGAUCAACGCUGAUAAUGCGGCUGAACCAAGUUUUCUCUCGUCCCUUUUGAAGGAAGUUGAAGACGCGUCAACGCCACCAAGUGUACACUCACUUGGGCCUUCGGCUCAAGCCUCGGCUGCUCUUUCCGAACACAAUACACCUGGUCCUUCGUCUCCAUCUCUCUCCCCCGUGACCUCAAACCAGUCUUCUCCUCGGUUAUCCUCUGCAACCCCACCACCAUUCAUCCGCAGCAGGCCAAUAUCCCCAAUGCAACUCACACCACCUGACGAGCCUUCAUCUCCCGCCUUUUCACCCGAUGUCUCACCAGCUGGGCCCCAGACCGAGACUCGUGACGAAUCACCAUCGCGUCCGGCCAUCCGACUUCGGCGAAUUCCUCGUGCAGCAUAUAUUGCUCGAACGGCGCGGUCAAACGAAAGUUCUCCAACGCGCGCAGGGCUAUCCCUGGCAGUCAAAUCCGACAUCCAAAGAUUAGUCGGAGCGGCCUUGAAACCGUACUAUCGAACAAAGGUCGUCUCCAAGGACGAGUAUACCGACAUCAAUAGAACCAUUUCUCGAAAACUAUACGACCGUGUUCUAGGUCUCGAGUCGCUAGAGCCGACCACGAAAGCGCGUUUAGAGAGCACAGCCAAGGAGGAGGUGCAGAAGGCGAUUGAUGCUCUGAAACAACACAGCAAGGGAAAAAAGGUUACCGGUUCCUCUGAUGACAGCUCCUAA